AAAAGUGAAUUGUGACAAAAAUUCUGAACAGUUGAGGCGUACGCUCAGCGGCGACAGCAUCGAGAAUCAGAGCCACAAAAGCACAUCCAAGCCCCGGGGGCCAACAAGGUGUUAAGCGAUCGCUGAUAACAAGCUAACGAUCGAUAAGAACGGUUUCGACUUUCGCGAGUGCGCACAGCCAACAAAUUGAUCAGAUACAAAUUGAUUCGAUCUGCAAUCGGAAUCGGAAUCGGAACAAGUGACAAGUGCAAGCAGACUCCAAACAGGAUACUCCACUUACUCCAAUUAGGCAAUUAAACGCAACCCGAAUACCGCAUACCCAUCGAAGAUGUUUGCGUACACUUGGCAACUUGCUCCACUGGCCACCCUGGUUAUCCUGGCGGCGACGACGAUGACGACGAUGGCCGCGCCCCAGCAGCAGGAGGUGCCCCACGCCCUGCUGGACAUCGAGACGCCCAACCAGUUCAACUACAGUCCAUCGCCACUGGCCCAGCCGGACAGCCUGCGCUCCAAGCCGUACUUCGACUUCCUGAGCACUCUGUACGCCCACGACACGGCCAAGUCGAACCUGUUCCGGCCGUACUCGGUGCGCCAGCGCAGGGAUGCGGGUGCCCAGGUGCUGAGUCGUCCUCGCAGGGCCAUCGUCUUCCGGCCCCUGUUCGUGUACAAGCAGCAGGAGAUCCGCAAGCAGGAGAUCAAGGACAGGAACGCACAGAGGCGCCACGAUCUGAACCGUCUGCAGCGGCUGUAGUACCGAAGCCCCAUCCCAGCCAGUCCAAGCCAGUCCAAUCCAGUCCAGUGUCUAUCCAGCCAGCCCGGGACGGGUUGGCCUUCUACAGGGUCCUCUAGCACUUAGCCACUUAGCCACUUUCGAUGCGUCCUAGCCCUAAGUCAAAUGCACUGCAGCACGAAGAGAGAGCACUCAUCUAUAUAAUAUUAUAUAAUAAUUACCCAUUCGCACCGCCACCACAGCACACCACCCACAUCCCCGUAGAAUAAGCCCAAAUGUUUGUUAUGCCACCUGUUAUCGCGACGUUUGAUUAAAGCUAACAAAUCGGAUAUGAAA